AUGUCUUAUACAACUAAGUAUUACGUGAACAAAUACCAUGGCAAAAAAAUGCGAGAUGUGGAACCUCAUGUCUUUGCACUGGCAGAAGCUGCAUACAGUUCCCUUCAAACUCAUAACCCUGCCAAAGGGCAUAUAAACCAAAGCUUAGUUAUAAGUGGUGAGAGUGGAGCUGGUAAAACGGAGUCUACUAGAUUUAUCUUGCAGUAUCUUUGUUCUGUUACCAGUGGCGUGUCUACGUGGGUGGAACAGCAAAUUCUGGAAGCCAAUACCAUUCUGGAAGCAUUUGGUAAUGCCAAAACUGUUCGAAAUGAUAAUUCAAGUAGAUUCGGUAAAUUUAUGCAAGUAUGUUUUGAUUCAAGAUGGAUGAUAGCGGGAUGUAUAGUGCAAGAUUAUUUAUUGGAACAGUCCAGAAUAACGUUUCAAGGAUCAGGCGAACGAAAUUAUCACGUGUUCUAUCAACUAGUCGAAGAAGCCAAGUUUAACCAAGAACUAGCCAAACAGCUCUACCUGAGAGAAGCCAAAUUCUACAACUACCUAAAUCAAUCGGAUUGCAUUAAAAUAGAGGGAGAUUCAAGAAGACUUGAUAGUUUAAUGUUAGCGUUUAAUGUACUGCAAGUACCUGCAAACAAAUGUAACGGAAUAUUUCAAGUUUUGUCUGCCAUCUUGUGGUUAGGCAAUCUAACUUUCGAAGACAUCGACGGAGAGAGAUGUCAACUGACCAAAGAUGAUGAGGAUAUUAUCGAAAUUUUAUCCAAGUUAUUAGGAUUAGAAAUGGACAACAUUAGACAGGUUGUACUUCUGAGACAGAUUAACGUUAGAGGAAAUAUUACAGAAAUACCGCUAAAACUGCAGGAGGCUAGGGAGAACAGACACGCGAUGGCCAAAGCGUUGUACUCUCGUACGUUCGCGUGGCUAAUAAAUCACAUCAACAACUGCACAAACCCAGGUCAGGAUUCGACAAGAUUUAUCGGCGUUUUGGAUAUUUUUGGCUUUGAAAAUUUUGCGGUUAACUCAUUCGAACAGUUAUGUAUUAAUUACACGAACGAGAAACUACACAAAUUUUUUAAUCAUUAUGUUUUUGCUUUGGAACAGGAAAUAGUAAGUAUCAAGUUCAAACUGUUAUCAGAACAGUGCCAUUUACCAAGAGGUUGUGAUGCUUCCUAUAUAACCAAUCUUCAUUCUGAAUUCGAUAACCACGAGAGAUAUGUAAAAGGUGAAGAUAGAAGAAAAUGGGAAACAGAAUUUGGAAUCAAACAUUAUGCAGGCUGUGUAACUUACAAUGUUAAAGGAUUUGUAGACAAGAACCGUGAUGUUCAACAAGAUGUAUUUUUUGAUAUUCUUUCUAGAAGUAGUAAUGAGUUUAUUCAAGAGUUGUAUACUUUCCAAGAUCUUUCCAGUACUCUGGCACAGAGAACAUUAAUGGUGAACGGAGUUACUUCCACGGUAUCAAGAGGGACAAGUAAGGGCAAACCUACUGUUUCAGAUACAUUUAGGCAUCAACUUCAAGCACUUGUUGAUGUUUUGCAGUCAACUACUCCAUGGUACGUGCGCUGCAUCAAACCAAACAAACACAAACUUGCAGAUAACUAUGACGAUCAGUUAGUAUUAGAUCAGCUCAAAUAUUUAGGAAUGUUAGAUAUAAUAAGGAUACGAAAGGAGGGCUUCCCAAUCCACAUGAGCUUCGAAGAUUUUGUUAUUAGAUAUCAUUGUCUGUCCAAAAAUAGACUGCCUCCGGAUAUGACCAACGCCUGUCUUAAUCUUAUCGAGACCCACAAUGUGCCAAAGACGGAGUGGCAGAUGGGAAAAACCAAAGUGUUUUUGAGACCUCAUGUUCAUGAACCAUUGGAAGAAGCUAGGAACAAAUUGGUACGAUCUCAAGCUAUUUUAAUACAAAAAACGUUUAGAAUGUACACCAAACGGAAAGAUUACUUAAAAAUUAGAAAUGCUAUACUGAAGAUACAACAUGCCUACAAAGGCUGGAAACUGAGAAUUGAAUUCUUAAAGAAACGUAGAGCUGCUAUCGUCAUUCAAAGUCAUCUAAGAGGAGCUUUUGCUCGAGAAGUUGCCGCAGCGUUGAGAGAAAUGCGUAGAGUUGAAGAAGAAAUGAGAAAGAGAGAAAAGUUAGAAGAAGAACGGAAGCAGAGGGAAGCUGAAAGAAAACGAAAGGAAGAAGAGGAGGCUAAGAGAUUGCAAGAACAAAAUCAAGUAAACGACAUUCCACCUCCUCCCUCUUUUGCUCAGGAAACUGAAGAUUUAGAAAAGUGCGAAAAAGAGGCCGAACAAGAAAUAGCGGCCCUAUCACAGAUGGCUGAACAACUAAAACAUAACAGACAAGAAGUACCUGCAGAAUCCGUAGAUUUAGAUAAUCUCUUCGCCUUUCUUUCCGAUGUUCAACCAGCUAACCGUAAUAAAAUCAUUGAAGAAAUCGGAGAAAAAAUGGAUGAGUUGGUCGAGGAUCUUGACGUCGAGCUAGAGACGGUGAUUCAACAGGAGUUAGAAGGAUUGGCGCAAGAACAACAACAACCUACACCACCAAAGAUGGGACUCCCGACCCUUCCGGAACCAACAGGCCCUCCUCCGCCACCACCUCCAAUUGAUUUUCAGGUAAGAAACUGGAACUGUUGAC